UCGAUUGGCUUUGUUGCUUGUCGACAUAUUUAGGAAAUGUUUAUGCAAAAUUAUCACAGUAAUCCAGAAUUUCUGCGUUUAUUUUGUCGGUAGAAUGGUUUACAACGUAUCCAGGAACCUGCAAAAAUAAAACACUUGAACUGACGAGUGUUGUUUUCCUUUUUUUUUCACUGUUUUGUUGUUCUUUUAAAUCCCCAAAUUUUCAGGGUCUUCUAAAAGCCAACUUCCGGUUUCAGCACGGUCAUGGCUUUACCACCAGAGGAACAAGGUUAUAUAGCUGAUAAAAUAGUCAAGGCUGAAAAACGAAUUAAAGCUUUUCCAUAUGAUACAGAAGCAUGGAGUAUUCUAAUCAGAGAUGCUCAGAUGAAGAAGAUCGAGGACGGAAGAGUUUUAUAUGAGCGAUUAGUGGAACAGUUCCCCAACGCUGGAAAAUAUUGGAAGAUCUAUAUUGAACAAGAGUUAAAACAGAAGAAUUAUGAAAGAGUUGAAAAGUUAUUUCAGAGAUGUCUGAUCAAGGUAUUGAAUAUAGACCUAUGGAAAUUAUAUCUAAGUUACAUCAAAGAAACAAAGGGUACUCUACCAUCUUACAGAGAAAAAAUGGCCCAAGCUUACGAUUUUGCUCUAGAAAAAAUCGGUAUGGAUAUUAUGUCCUAUCAACUAUGGACAGAAUAUAUCAACUUUCUUAAAUCAGUGGAUGCUGUUGGGUCGUAUGCCCAGAAUCAGAGAAUAACAGCAGUACGUAAAGUAUAUCAACGAGGUGUCGUCAACCCAAUGAUAAAUAUAGAGAUAUUAUGGAAGGAGUACUGUAGUUAUGAAACCAGUGUAAAUCCACUGAUCGCUAAGAAGAUGACAGAAGACAGAGGACGAGAAUAUAUGAAUUCUAGACGUGUUGCUAAGGAGUAUGAAGUUGCUACAAGGGGAUUAGAUAGAAAUGCACCAUCAGUACCACCACAGAAUAAUCCUAAUGAAUCUAAACAGGUUGAAUUAUGGAAGAAAUAUAUCGCCUGGGAGAAGAGUAAUCCACUUCGUACUGAAGAUCACGCUUUAAUUACAAAACGAGUAAUGUUUGCAUAUGAACAGUGUUUACUAUGUCUGGGACAUCAUCCAGAUAUUUGGUACGAAGCUGCGUCGUAUCUUGAACAGUCCAGUAAAAUUUUAGCCGAAAAAGGGGAUCAGAAUGCUGGUAAAAUGUUUGCUGAUGAAGCUGCUGCUAUUUAUGAACGUGCUAUAUCUACACUGAUGAAAACCAAUAUGUUAAUAUACUUCUCCUACGCUGAUUUUGAAGAGGGUCGAAUGAAGUUUGAGAAAGUUCACAGUAUUUAUAAGAAGUUUAUAUCAUUUGAUGAUGUUGAUCCUACACUGGCCUAUAUCCACUAUAUGAAGUUUGCUAGACGAGCUGAAGGUAUAAAAUCAGCGAGAACGGUAUUUAAACAAGCACGAGAAGAUUCUAGAAGUGGUUUACAAGUUUAUGUCUCUGCGGCUCUCAUGGAAUAUUAUUGUAGUAAGGAAAAAACAGUAGCUUUAAAGAUAUUUGAACUUGGUUUAAAGAAGUUUGGUCAUGUUCCAGAAUAUUGUCUGUCUUAUAUUGAUUUUAUGUCCAAUUUAAAUGAGGACAACAACACCAGAGUUUUAUUUGAAAGAAUUUUAUCAUCACAACAAUUACCACCAGAAAAAUCAAUUGGAAUAUGGAGUAAAUUUUUAGCUUUUGAAUCUCAAGUAGGAGAUCUAACAAGUAUAAUUAAAGUUGAAAAAAGAAGAACUCAAGCAAUAGAAAAGGUUCAGGAGUUUGAGGAGAAAGAAACAGCUUUAUUAAUAGAUAGAUAUAAAUAUAUGGAUAUGUUACCCUGUUCUGAAAGUGAACUUAAAUCUUUAGGUUAUUGGGAUUUGAUUAAACAUAAUGCUGUACAAAUACCCAUGGGUGCCGUGAAACAAGUGAUGAUGAACGGUAUUGAGGAUGAGCAAGUUCGACCCCAGUUUCCGAAACCUGAUGUAGAACAACUUCUACCUUUUAAACCUAGAAGUAUUGUCCCUGCAGGAGCUCAUAUUGUACCAGGAGGAGUAUUCCAGAUGCCUUUACCAGCUUCAGAACUUCUACAAAUGUUACCACCACCAAACUGUUUUAAAGGACCAUUUGUUAUCAUGGAUAAAUUAAUAGAACAUAUGAAACGAGUCAAAUUACCCGAAGCACCUGUUGCAGUAGAGAAUGGUAUUGAUGGUAAUAUCCACGUGGAUCUCGGAACACAUUAUUCUAUCGAUAUAGCGGCGGGAAUCAGAAAACGUAAAAUAACAGAUGCAGAUAGCGAUGACGAGGCUGGAAUGGAAAUAACAGCACCAGCCAAUGACAUUUACAGAGCUCGACAACAGAAGAAAAUAAAAUGAGAGACGAUGGUACACUGUGAAUCAAAGACAUUGAUGCAAAUUAUUCAUGGAGAAGAUACUGUUCUGAAAAGAAAUUUAACUCUUACUAACUACGGAAAAUGAAUUUUAAACUUAUUUUCAUUUGUGAUUGGAGUACAGAUAUGUACAGAUAUUCAGGAAUUUUUUCACCGUAAAUUGAACACCAAUAUUCCUUGAAAUGGAAGUUCAAGAUAUGUUGAGAACUUUAGAUAUUCAGGAAUUCUUUCACUGUAAUUUGAACUCUGAUAUUCCUUGAAAUGAAAGUUUAAGAUAUGUUCAGACAUUCAGAAAUUCUUUCACCUACAAUUAAACACCGAUAUUCCUUGAAAUGAAUGUUUUAUUUACAGAACUUUAGAUAUUCAGGAAUUUUUCACAGAAAAUUAAACUCAAAUAGUCCUUGAAAUGAAAGUUUUAAUAUAUUUACAGAACUUCAGAUAUUUGAGAAUUUUUCACAGAAAAUAGAACUCUGAUAAUUGUUGAAAUGAAACGCGAUAAAGAUUCAUGAUUACUCUUCACCUCUUCCUGUUUCAUGAUCUUUCAUAUUUACCACCUCAUGCAUCAUUUAGCGCUAUAACACCCCCUUGCAGACGACAAUAUCGUAAAGGUUGAAUCGCUAGUAGAAACAUCAGUCAUCAGUUCAAAAAUGGUUGAAAUUCGUUGAGUAUUUACGAAGUUACGAUAAUUGAAAUUUCAAGGAUCUAUGUGCCACCAUUUGAUGGGAGUGGUUUAAAUCUGAAUGAAUCCAAGCCGUGAUAUUAUAUAACGUUGGUAUUUUGAUUUUUUUUUCUUAAUUAAAUGUUAAAUAAUUAAUCUGAGUACAAAUUAGCAAGGAUUAAGCCGUGAGAAAUUUGAUAUUUCAGCGAUAAAUACAAAUAAUGCAUCAUUAAUUAUAUGAAAUAAAUUCCAUCUAGAAGUUAGAAUGUUGACUAAUUUGCUUUAAGCUUAACUUAAUUAAUAAUUUAAUACGCUAUUGUUUGAUGUAUUUAAGUGGGAGAAGGUUUUAUGUGUGUUAUUGCUCAAGUCAAAACAGAUUUUAUAUUUGACUUAAGAUAUGGGUGACUUGAUUCAGACUGACAAAAUAGUAUAGAUACGUAACUACACAACAGGGUUUAACGUCCUACUGUUCUGCACCGACUGGGCUAAUGAAACGGGCAUACUUCAUGUGUACUAUGAGGGAAAUUUUGACAGAAUAGAGACCUACUCUUAUAUUGAAUCAAGUGGGGUUUUUUUUACGUUCAUGACACAGGACCUCGGUUUUUCAUCCCAUCCGACCGACUAGACAGCUGUCACUGACAAGGGAAAUCCUGAGUUACUUCCUCAACCAAUACCAGGAGCGAACCUGAGACCUCUACAGGCCAGCGGGCUAAAAACAUGAAAUUUGCAAAAUUACCGCCGAAAUUUUAAAGUUGAAGCUCUUGGUGACAGACAAUCUGUUUUUCUGGUGCAGAAUAAUAGGUUGUUAAACCCAGUUUCGUAUAUUCAUUCCUAGAAAUUAUUAAAAAUGUCUUAAAAUGACUGUGAGAAUAAUAACAUGAGGAUAUCUGCUGACAUUGUAUAUUUUGUUAUUAUUUCACCUGUUAAAUCUUAUUUUAUCAUCUUUCAUUAAUAGAAAAUAUUUAAACCUCUGCGGAGGGUGUGCAGUACAACGCUGUCAGACACGAUCGGGCCUGCUCCUAUAGGCCUCGUUGGAGGGUGUGCAGUACAGCGCUAUCCGACACGAUCGGGCCUGCUCCUAUAGGCCUCGUUGGAGGGUGUGCAGUACAGAGCUAUCAGACACAAUUGGGCCUGAUACUACAAGCCACAUUGGAGGGUGUGCAGUACAGCGCUAUCAGACACCAUCGGGCCUGAUACUACAAGCCACAUCGGAGGGUGUGUAGUACAGCGCAAUCAGACACGAUCGGGCCUGCUCCUAUAGGCCUCGUUGGAGGGUGUGCAUUACAGCGCUAUCAGACACCAUCGGUCCUGAUACUGCAGGCCACAUCAUUGGAUGUGCAGUACAGCACUGUCAGACACCAUCGGGCCUGAUACUACAAGCCACAUCGGAGGGUGUGUAGUACAGCGCAAUCAGACACGAUUGGGCCUGCUCCUAUAGGCCUCGUUGGAGGGUGUGCAUUACAGCGCUAUCAGACACCAUCGGUCCUGAUACUGCAGGCCACAUCAUUGGAUGUGCAGUACAGCACUGUCAGACACCAUCGGGCCUGAUACUACAGGCCAGAUCAGCGGGUGUGCAGUCUCGCACAUGGAUCUGUAUUUUAAUCAGAUUGUAUUUUAAGAAAACAUGAACCUUAUUUAAAAAUAUUUCUAGAUAUUUCUUCCGGUUAUUCAUGUAUAAAUAUGGAAACAUUGUAAUAUUAAACUUUAUUUGAAAAGAAAAUUUUUGAAUAAGAUUUAAUUUUAUGUAAAAAUUGUUUUAUCAUUCAUUGUAAAUAAAACAUUGUGUGGACUGGAA